CCUAGAAAAUGUCGAGUUUGAAUAAGAAUUUCAGUGAAAUUGAUCUGGAUGAUCCGAGAUAUCGCAUCAAGCCUUAUCAGCAGAUGAUUGCAUCGUGUUCUGGAGCACUGAUAACAUCUCUCAUGGUUACACCUCUGGAUGUUGUCAAAACCAGACUGCAAGCUCAGCAAAAGGCAAUGCUCUCCAACAAAUGCUUUUUGUACUGUAAUGGGUUGAUGGAUCACUUGUGUUCAUGCAAUGGAAAAUUGCCGAAUUGGAUGAGGGAGAAUGGAAAAUUCAAUGGGACUUUGGACGCUUUCGUAAAGAUUGGACGGAGCGAGGGGAUUUUUUCACUCUGGAGUGGACUUAGUCCCACUCUUGUGCUUGCUGUACCUGCCACUAUAGUUUAUUUCGUUUCUUACGAGCAAUUGCGAUUGUAUCUAAAGGACAAUUACAACAACAAAUUCAAAACGAAAGAUGAUUCACAUGAGCAACCAGCUUGGAUCCCCAUCGUAGCUGGAGCAACAGCACGUGUGUGGGCAGCAACUUUGGUCAGUCCUCUGGAACUAAUCAGAACUAAAAUGCAAUCACAAAGGCUUAGUUAUGCAGAAAUGGGAGAGGCCUUGAGAACUGUAAUUAAAUACAGCGGAGUAUCAGGACUCUGGAUGGGCCUCAGUACCACUCUACUUCGAGACGUACCUUUCAGUGCUAUUUACUGGUUCAAUUAUGAAACGAUAAAAAGAUGGUUUCCCUCAACCCAGCACACAUUCACCUUUAAUCUCGCUGCAGGUGCUACAGCUGGUUCUGUUGCUGCAUUGAUAACUCUUCCAUUCGACGUAGUUAAAACACAUCGACAAAUUGAAAUGGGUGAACGUGAAAUUUAUAACAGCAAGCCAGAGCGCAGUGGCAAGACCUUCGGUACGAUCAAGCGAAUUUACAAACAGAACGGAAUCCGUGGCCUUUACACUGGAUUAAUCCCUCGCUUAGUCAAAGUAGCUCCUGCCUGUGCCAUCAUGAUCGCAACUUUCGAACACGGCAAACGCUUUUUUUCCGCGUACAAUCGCGCACUCGAUCACCAAAAUGACGUCCACUUCAUUGGACACAAGAGCAGGGAUCACAAAUGACCAAAUCUUAAUAAAUUUUCCAGGGAAAACGUUGGCGACUUGAUUGUAAAUAAUCCAUGAACCCAAAUAAAAGACACUGUAUUUAUAUAA